AUGCCCGUGGUAUGGAUGCAGAACCAACUUGCCCAGAACAAGACACAUAAGCUCAUCCUGAACUACAUUAAUCAGGUGUGCUUUGCGAGCGUCUAUCUAGUCCCAUGGGAGAAUCAGCCGUGGUCUGUGCCAGUCUUUGGGUCCAUGCCUGACAUUGUGUUCACUAUUGGAGGCAAGAAGUUCAAGCUCAGACCAAAGCAGCUCUUAAGUCUUACCUUCUAUUUUUGCAGACUAUGUGAGGGUGGUGAACUAUUGCACCGAAUUCUGGCCAAAAAGAAUAGCCGUUAUAGUGAGAAAGAUGCUGCAGCAGUUGUGCGCCAAAUGCUGAAAGUGGCUGCAGAGUGUCAUCUGCCUGGGUUAGUUCACCGAGAUAUGAAGCCUGAGUGUGCGAUUCACAAAGCAAUUCUUUCCAAGAAGGCUGCUAUUAUCAACUAUCUUUUAGUGAACUCAGCAAAUCCAUUCAUCCAAGAUAAACUGGCUUUGGUGGAGAUCCUACAAAGACAGCCCACCACCUUUUCAGGCAUCGCCGUGCCAUCGUCCGCCAUGUUAGGAACCUAUGCCAAAUAA